UUAAUGUAAUAUGUGUUUUUAGAGAAUGAUUAGCUCUAGCUUAUUUUGUUUAUGAAAAAUGUUUGUAUAUUUUUUUUAAAAUGAAGGAAAUAUGUCUACAAAAUCAAAGGAUGAGUUAAAAAAGUUUCUGCAGUACAGGACCAUAAUAAAUUUCAUGAAUCUCUGCCACCCUCUCACAUGGUUAAAAAAAGUUAAUAAUUCACAAAAGAUUGAAUAUUCAUGCCGUGAAAACCGGAGCUCCAAAGUCAUCUAUGAUUCACACUACAGAUCACAUCCUAGAGAUGAUACACUGAAUUGUGGAAAUUUUAGUAAAAAUGAUGAAGCAUCUUUUGGACCAAGACAACCAUUUGUCACUGAAACAGUGAUGCCACAAACUUCUUCUCGUAUGAUUGUUAAUACCAAUGAAGCUGUGUGUGAUUCUGUUGAUAAUCUUGCCAAUGACAUAUUUUUAGAUGCCCUUGAUGAUGAUGAAUUAUUGCAGAGUAUUGAUGUAGACCAAAUAGUUAUGGAACACUAUCAAGUAACUGGCACACCAGAAGGUUCUGUAUCUAAAUAGGCACCUUUCACUCCAGUCUCUAGA